AUGGAGGGUUGGACUGACCUCGUCGUACCGCCUACACCUACAUCUACACCUACAUCUACAUCUACACCUACAUCUACAUCUACACCUACAUCUACAUCUACACCUACAUCUACACCUACAUCUACACCUACAUCUACAUCUACACCUACAUCUACACCUACAUCUACAUCUACACCUACAUCUACACCUACAUCUACAUCUACACCUACAUCUACACCUACACCUACACCUACACCUACAUCUACACCUACAUCUACACCUACAUCUACACCUACACAUGUCUUGUCAAGCAGACUCGAAAUAUGGGUACUGGACGCCUGGGCCAGUUUCUUCUACAGAAACCAUGGUUGCCUUGACAACUUUGGACUUUCUAUUCACCUCUGGCUAUACAUGCCUCUUGUUGUAAUGCGGUUUUUAGUCAAUUACCGACUCUUCUCACCAACACUCAUCUUUCAUCGCUAUCUUGUCCGCUUAGUCUGUUCCACGGACCAGAUCGAUGUACGAGUACACGUACAAGUAAUCGUACAAGUACCGCAUAUACAAACACUGCCACUGCCGCUCUCCAUGGAACUUUGCAAGUCCAAAUCUGCCUCUUCCUCCGCGGACAACCUGCCAAACACUGGGCCGUUCCUCGGGAGUCUAAGCUGA